AUGAAGCGAAACCCGAAAGUCGACGAUUCGAACAGCAAGAAGGAGAAACGCGGUCUCUGGGAGUAGAGUGACAAUCAUAACAAUUUCGAUUAUGAUGGCCACUAUCACCACUAUGACGAUCAUCAUCACGAAGUGAAACGGAUCACCAAGAAAGUCCCAGUUCCAUACCCAGUCAAAGUUGAGGAGCACGUCCCAGUUCCGGUGAAGGUCCAGUCCUAUCCAGUUCAUGUCGAAAAGAAGGUUCCGGUUGUUGUUGAGAAAAAGGUCCCAGUCUACGUCGAGAAAAUGGUUCCGGUUCACGUUGAUCGUCCAGUGCCAUACCCAGUGGAAGUGAAAGUCCCCGUUGCCCAGAGGGAAUACAUCGAAGUGCCGAAACCGUACGCAGUUCAUGUUGAGAAACCAGUUCCAGUGUACGUCAUGAAGCCCGUGUAUAUCGAGAAACCUGUCCAAGUUAAUAAGCACAUUAAGGAGCACAAGAAGCACUGGGAUCUGUUUUGA